CAUCAAGCUUAUCGUACCCGGUAAAAAGGUAAAAACACGAAACAUGGGCGAGUUUUAGAAACCCUAGAAUCCAAGAUUUUUAGGGUUUAUGUUUUCAAAUUGGGGUUUCGAAUUUGGGGCUUUUUGAAAAUUCUUGUUUGAUUAUUGCAAUUGACGAUGGAUGUUGAGGAAAGGAAGCUUUUUGUGGGAGGUAUACCGCGAGGGACGAGCGAGGACACUCUAAGAGAUCACUUCAGUAAAUACGGUGUCGUUUCGCAUUUACUCGUGGCCAAGGACCAAAUCACUAAAUUACCAAGAGGGUUUGCUUUUGUUGUGUUCUCUGAAGCUGCUUCUGCUGCUAGGGCUCUUCAAGAUAGCCAUGUUAUUUGUGGAAGAACGGUAGAAGUGAAGAAAGCAAUACCCAAAACUGAAAAACACCAAGAGCACCGGCAGCGCCACCCCCAUGGUAACCAGGAAACUGCUAGCAAUGGGUCGGGGAUGAAUAGUGAUAAUAGUACUGGCAAUGUAAAUUAUUAUAGGACUAAGAAGAUAUUUGUGGGAGGUUUAUCAUCUAGUCUAACUGAUGAACAAUUUAGAAAUUACUUUGAAAAGUUUGGUAGGACGGUAGAUGCAAUUGUGAUGCAGGAUAGUUCAAACAAGCCUAGGAGCUUUGGGUUUGUCACCUUUGAUUCCGAGGAAUCUGCUGCCAAGGUUAUGCGCAACAGUUUUCAUGAGUUGAACGGUAAGACAGUGGAGGUUAAGAAGGCUGUGCCAAAAGAUAGAGUAAAUGGUGAUAUUGGUAGCUGUAGUUCAAAUGGCUUCGCUGAUAAAGGUCCUGAACCUGAAAAUCACCCUUUCUAUGGUUCGACACACGACCCACAUUAUACUCCUUUUCUGAUGUAUGAUGGUGUUCGUGGGUAUUUUUAUGGAAUGAGUUUCUAUGGGGGUGUGUAUCCUAUGGUAGGAUUCGGAAGACCUGUUUUGGGUGUUUCACCAAUGGUCCCUACUAUCCCAUUCAUGCCUGCAGCUGGACCGUUUCCUUACAACAAUGCCUGUCUUUAUCUUGCUUACAUGCAUGAUGCGAGUAGCACUUGGGCUAUGGAGGUUGUUGGGCAUAAUCAGAUUGUUGAGCCUGGUGUGAAUGGUGAAGUGGACGUGGUUCAUGACAGCAAUGUUCAUGUUCCAUCUAAUGCCACAACACCUCCGAGCGAAGAGGGCAAUGUUGGAAGUGAAUCUUUUGGUUUAAAAGGUGGUGAUGUGGAUGCAGUUCAUGACAGCAAUGGACAUGUUGUGCCUGGUAUGAAUGGUGAAGAGGUUGGUGGGUGUAAUCAGGUUGUUGAGCCUGGUGUGAAUGGUGAAGUGGACGUGGUUCGUGACAGCAAUGGACAUGUUCCAUCUAAUGCAACAGCACCUGAGAGUGAAGAGGGCAAGGUUGGAAGUGGUUUAAAAGGUGGUGAUAUGGAUGCGGUUCCUGACAACAACGGACAUGUUGAGCCUGGUGUGAAUGGUGAAGUGGACGCAGUUCAUGACAGCAAUGGACAUGUUCCAUCUAAUGCAACAGCACCUCCAAGUGAAGAGGGCAAGGUUGGAAGUGAUGCUUUUGGUUUAAAAGGUGGUGAUGUGGAUGCGGUUCCUGACAUCAAUGGGCAUUUUGAGCCUGAUGUGAAUGGUGAAGAGGUUGGCGGGUACAAUCAGAUUGUUGAGCCUGACGUAAAUGGUGAAGUGGAAGCCUUUGGUGACAGCAAUGGACAUGUUCCAUCUAAUGCAACAGCACCUCCGAGUGAAGAGCGCAAGGUUGGAAGUGAUGCUCUGGGUUACCAAGGUAGUAAUGAUGGGUUACCAAGGUAG